AUGGAGCUUUUAAAAAAGUUAUUUGAGACCCCAUCGCCGACGCCGGCGGGUACAAUAGUUAACACGCCUCCUGGUAAUCUUGCACAGGGUGCCACUACUGUACUCACUUGGCAGUAUACGGCUUCUCCACAACAGAAUGCGACUGUGGCCACUUUACGAGUUAUCAAUAACUCAACUGGAAACACGACCCCAAUUAGCAAUAGUCUAAACCUUGCUGAUCAAAAACUCUCAUGGACGGUCAAUGUUCCCCCUGGCACUUAUUAUUUGGCUCUCAACGACGGAACUGGUGAUAAGUACUCUGGAUUUUUCACCGUCGUUGCAGGUACUACCGCACCUGGUGCUUCUGUUGCACCACCCGCUGGUAAAUCAUCAAACGCACCUUCAGCAUCGGCCAAUACUGCCGCAAGUUUCACUGGAUCAAGCGUUUCUGGAUACAAACUUCUGUUUAGUCUUAUGGUAGUAGCUGCAGUAAUGGUGCAUUUUGCUUAA